AGAGCAGCCGCCUCACACAGAUUAAAGUGGCCAGUUGGGAGGGAUUUCUGAUUUUUUCUAAAAGCCUGAUGAACAGAGGGACAUCCAGAAAUGAUUCCAAAUGAUUUCAACACAGAUGGAAACUCUUUACACCAUAACACAGGAAACAAAGGAUCUGUGCGCACAAUCAGAGUCGGGUCCAGAAGUCUCCCGCUGUAUCCACUGGUUAUCGUGUGUUUAGGACUGCUAAACACUAUUCUGCUGUUAACUGCUAUUGUUAUUGGGAUUUACUGUGGUCAAGCCAGUGAGGUAUCCAGUCCCGACCAAAUAACAGUACAGGCGCUCAUUGUAGAGGUGAAGCAGCUUCAGGUAAUGCAGACUGAUGCCAUCAAAGCUUGGCAGGAGGCCCAACAAGCACUUAAGGAAGAGCUUGUGAGGCAUCAGCAGCUGAAACUGCAGUUAGAGCAGAACAAGACCCUCAGCGACAGCCUUCAGAAGCAGCUCGAGACACUACACGUUGAGAGGGCAACACUGCAGUCCGAUACAUCUGAUACAGAGGAAAGUUGUGGAAGAUGUCCGCCUGGGUGGUUUUUAGCCAACACAACGUGCUACUUCCACUCUAAAUCUACAUCCGAUCCUUUGAAGAACUGGCAUGACAGCAGGGCGGACUGUAUCAGGCGUGGGGCCAACCUGACCGUGAUAGAUAGCUGGGAGGAGCAGCUCAAUCUAUUCGAGACCCUACCAAGGCUGGAUCCAAGCAUUCGGCCAUGGUGGAGCAAGUCAGGUGGAGUGUGGUUUGGCCUUACAGAUAUCCACUCAGAGGGCAACUGGGUGUGGUUAAACAAUGUGACGCUGCAGGGUGAAGGGUACUGGAUACCGGGGGAGCCCAACGACUAUGGACAGAGAGAGGACUGUGCAGCACUUAUGAUCAUGAGAAACCCUCGGGCAGCAUGGUUUGAUGCAGACUGCAAGGGGGACAAGGAAUGGUUAUGUGAAAUGGAACCCAGCUAUGCCAACAUGAUGAUGCUUCCCUACAGGGUGCCAAGGAAGAGUUUUUGUGAGGUUUACCACUGCACUAAUAAACAUAGGCCUAUAAUUCCAAGUAAUGGGUUGGUUUGGGGAAGAAACCCAAUAAAACUUUCACUUUCAUGCUCAAUACAAAAAGCGGUAGUCUGUAUCCACGGCACUGCAGUCAUGGACAGUUCACAGAGAAGGAUGUUCUUCUUUUGCUCCGAAAUAUUUGGGCGAGGCGGAUCCACUUUCUGUAAAGAUCGUCAAGUUUUACUCUGUCUUGGACUGCUGAAUGUUGUUUUGCUGAUUGUGGCUGUUAUUAUUGGGAUUAACUGUGCCAAAGUCAGAGAGGGUUCCCUCCAUGUUUCACACUCAGCUGUAGCACCGAUCAUCGAUGAGCUGAACUUUCUCCGCAGCAACCACAGUGAUGUGAUCGAAGCCGAAGAGGAAGCCAAGAUCGCCUUAGAGAGGGCAGCUAAAAACCAUGCACAACUGAAGGAGAAAAUCGAGAAGCAGAGGACCAUCAAUGACAAUUAUCAGAAGCAGGUUGAGGAACUGCAAGAAGAGCUGAUAAAUCUCCACUCCAAUAUGUCGGCUUUGGAGGAGAACUGUGGCAGAUGCCUCUCUGGAUGGGUUCUUUACAACUCGUCCUGCUAUUUUUUCUCUUACACUGAGUCCUCUACUGUUACAAAAAACUGGCCAGAUAGCAGAGUUGACUGCAUCAGACGUGGAGCUGACUUGAUUGUGAUCGACAGCAUGGAGGAGCAGAGAUUUGUGAGUGGCAGCAUUGGAAAUAUGAGAGGGACCCAGGACAUCCUAGGGAACUCAUUCUGGAUUGGUCUCAGUGACACAGAGACAGAGGGGACAUGGGUCUGGAUUAAUAAUGUCACCGAAGUGGAACGAAGGUACUGGAUGGACGGAGAACCAAACAAUGCACACCGCCAUGGAGAAGACUGUGCGACAGCGGUUUAUAGCCCCAGCAAUCCAUGGAAGACCCGUAACGAUAUCAACUGUAAGUUGUACCAGAGACACUGGAUAUGUGAGAUGACAUCAAGCUAGAAUCAGAAAGUGCCUCUGAAGCAGAAAACAGAAGAAUAUGUUUGUUAUUCCCUGAAAGAAGAAUAAAACACAUUUAAGACCGA